UUGUAGCGGGGGGACAAACCGAAAAGACCGAUUUUUAAAGGAACCACACCGGACUCAAAACGUGUUGCUUCCAGGCUACUCAGGCUUCCUCACUGUGCAAGUCAGGCUUUACGCCCAUCUGCAGCCCUUCUCCUCAGAAGUGAUGUUUUCCAAAGCCACCGCAAACUUUACCCGUCAGAUUGACCCGGAUGAAAUCCUCAUCCCUGUCUCCCGCCUAAAUGACUCAGACAAACUGGUUCCCAUGGCGAUUAUUGUCAAGCGAAAACGCCUUUGGUUCUGGCAGAGACCCAAGUACCAGCCAACUGACUUCACCCUCAGUGACUUGCUGGUGGAGGACACAACUCUUAGUCCAGUCGUGUCUGAGACUGACUUCCUGGGCUACCAGGGAACAUUUACAGACACCCUGAGUGGGAAGUUGGAUGCUAAGGCCGGCGUAGUUAGCGUCAACCUGGAAGGGCAGGGUUCAUCCAAGCUCCAAUCAUCUUUUGGCAAACUGAAGAAACAGGAAGUGGAUGUAAAGCAGUUACUACAAGACUCCCGAGACAGGCUGGUGAACAUGCAACAUGUGCUGGUGCAGCAGUUGGAGAAGCGGGCCGACGUGCUGGCUGUGCUUAAGGAGAAGGUCCUCACCACCAGUUCCUGCUCCAUCACUGAGACACAGCAGAAGCGGGGUGGCUGUGGGGGGGUGCUGGGCAAGAUGGUGAGCAUGCCAGAGGUAUGUGUCAAGGACAACAACACCAUUGAGAGAGACAGUGAUGUUUCCUUGGAGAUCCCCCGUGGAACGGUCAUUGCCUACAGUGUUUUAGAGCUGGAGAUAAAGAAAGAUGGACAGUAUGAGCUGUGUCUACAACCCGCUACUCUGGGAGGCUUUGAGGCAGACUCGGUCACAGCCUCUCCAUUCCUCGACUCCUUUGACACUCUCUGUGUGGUGGAUGGGCUUGUGUGGAGAGAGAAGGUCCCAGAGAGAGAAUCUUUAUACUCACUGCAAAGUGAUUUGCAGAAACUGGAAAUGUGUCUGCGUGACCUGGCAGAGCUCCCAGAGUUAACCCGCUCCGCCUUGUCCCAGAAGCUCCAAUAUACUCUGAAAGACAGAGGCGCACUCUCACUACUUGAGCACAUGCUGGAGGACUGGUGUAGAGGCAAGCCGUCUGCAAUGACCGGGCUGGAGUCUGACAGUCACAGUGGCUCUGUGUGUAGCGUACUGGACCUGCUCAGACCCGACCCAGACAAACACACCAACACCCCUGCUCACCUGACCGCUGCUCACAUGUUGGUCAGCGCCAUAGAAGUAUUACCUGAUGAAGCUCUGAGUCUUCUGUGUGACUGUGGUCCUGAUAUUCUGCAGGCCCUCAAUACACUGAUCUGCAGUUUAAGGGAUAGCUGCCAGUGUCUGCCCAUCGAGUCUCUCCCCCUCCCCCUGCAGGAUGAUGAGGCCUUUGAUUUGGCGGCUCGACUCUUUGGGUCGUCCAAUAUGAUACUGAGCAGGGAGACUGAUGGGCUUCAGGCAGAGACAGGAAAUAAACCAGGGGUGCUCCCGCUGGUUCUCUGUGUCGCUGUGCAAGGAUUGGCCCUUUUGUGAGCUUUGCAAAGUUAGUGUGUUUGCAUUUGCAUGUUUCGAAAUGUUAGCAGCAGUUGUCUGUCUGUUUUUCCCAUUACUUUAAAGUUAUAUUCUGAAGAGUGAAGAAUAACAGUUAUUAUACUAUAUUCUACACUCAACUAUAUUUAUUUGCUGCCUUGCAUAUUUUAUUCCUUUACGUGGCUCCUUUCUUUCUUGUUAGGUUUUUUUGCAUCUAAAAACCGCCUUCCCUCUAAUUUAUUUUUGUACAUGUUCUAUAAUUUAAGCUAUAAUUAUAUAUGCCUGUUUUGAUGGUGCUGUCCCACUCAAACAUAUUUUUUUUAAAAGUUGAAUUUUGUUCAUUGUGCAGAUUGAUAAGAAUGUGCAAUUGCUGGAUUGUGUUGUGUAAUGAGUUUGGUCUUUGAUUGAAUAAAAAAAGUCACUCAUUCAUAUUUAUUACCUCCUCCGCAUUUGUACCUUGUGAUGCAUUUUGGCUAUGCGUAGAAUUUUUAAGAUUAUUAAGAAAUUGAUUUUUUUUUUUUACUUUUGAAAUGAUGCUGCUCUUUAUAGAAUUAUCUACUACUGCUUUAUGAGCAUGGUGCAGUGAGAGGAACUGGCCACAAAUGUUGCUACACUAGAUAAUCAGAUAUAGUUAUAUAAGCUUAUAAGCUCACAUUCCUGCACUUAUGGCAUAGCAUACCACGAAAAGUGCAAUGUGAUUUUUUUUUUUGUGGUAAAUGUGCUCGAAUGUGUGAGUUAAUGCCUGUGUAUGCCUAUGUGGACUAUGACAUCUCAAGCUAACAUCUGUAAUGAAUUGUCUCCCUCUUACCCUGUCUUCAAAACAUCUAAAUUUCACGAAAUUUUGGUAACUCGUGUUUAGUGAAAAAUUUGCGUGGAAAACAUGAGUGUUUACAUCCCUAAGUCUGUAUAUAGGCCAUUGCUCCAUCAUUAUGAGGUCAUUCACAGAGAGUCUAAUGUUCGACUUUUUAGGACCAAGAGCACACUCCACAUAAUAUACGCAUUUACGUAUAUUAUAUAUGUAUUUUUGCUGGUUGAGCUAAUUUUUGUGUUAAAGUGUUUCUGCAUCUCAUCAAACAAGCUGCUUAAACCUUUAAUGUUCAUCAUUAUUUGUUACUGAAACCUUGUUAUUAAAAACACGCUCAUG